UGCUCAGGCCGUCAAACGUCUGCUCGCAUGUCCCCAGCGAGCUUCGAAAUGCCUGCGGGAGAGGGACAGCCUCCGUGCCUCCGCUACGCCCGACACAGCCGGGUGGAUUUUCAGGUUAAGUCUCAUGCAAAAUGGACCCAGGAAACACAGUCUUUUGUGACUCAAAUGUACUUGACCAUAAACUACUCUUCCUGGAAGAAAACAGGUUGCUUAGAACCACAUUUUCUAACUCAUUUCCUCCAGAACACUGAAAAUAAUGUUAUUUUCUCUGGUUUUUUUCCCUCAGGAGUGACCCAAAAACCAUGGGGCACUGAUGGUCAGAGGACAUGUACAGGCCUUCAGCAGGAGAGUGCUGCAGAGGGGAAAUCAAGCUCUUCCAAGGAAUCCUUGUCAUCACGAAAUACAACACUUAUUUUCCCAAUAGUCCCUUCACAGAUGGUUGAGCAGAAAUCAAAACUGAAUUGGCCUGCUUUGCCCAUGCAGCCCACAAUUCCCCAGCCCAGUCCUUAUCACAGAGCAUUCAAGAUACAUCCCAGCAGAUUAGAAAUUCAGGCAUCUCUAGAUGACACCACGUCUCCAUUGGACUCUACUACUGCAGAGGAACAACAGUGUCAAAAACAGCAGCAAGGGUUUGCCUUCAUAACUGUUACGGCCAGGCGUGUUGCUGCAGGCUCCAGCAACCUAGCCCCUGGACCUGGGGCUGUGCAAGAGCCCAACACUCUGUCCCCCAGCUUGAGCAAGGUCCCUGCUGUCCUCUGUCACUGUCCUCCACCAAACCACGUGCCCCAACACGACUCUUCAUUAAAGAUUGCUGAAUCUCUCUCACAAGCAGCACAAAGGCAAUUUUUUGACCCUGGGAAUAAGGAGAACCGUGCGAGUCUUCAGAGCAGUGAUGGGAGAGAAAAAGUACCACCUUCCUUCACCUCAUGUGUCCACUUUCAGGUUUCUCAGCACUGUCCAAAUACCAUAUAUUAUUUAGACAAGUCACUCAAUGUCUGUAUUGACCAACCUCGAAUUAAAUGCCAAAAAUUGCAUAGAUCAGCGUUGUCCUUCAGUAGAAAUUGCAGUUCAUCUAGAUUAACAGCAGAUGGAGUAGAUGGCAUAGCUAAUGGAGAGCCAAUAGAGGAGAUACAUCGAACAAAGCUCCUAGGAGGAAACAAGACUCUACUCAGCUCAAAGCUGAGUGCAGACUUAACAGGGAACAAUGCAAUUAAUAAAAAGAAAACGAAUGAAGGUGACUUGACUAGUAAACACCCUUUGCAAAGUGUCUCUGACUCUGAACUUCCAGUGUUUGUGGAUAUACCCAGAAGACUUAAUAACAUAGCAACAAAGAGACAUGAUGCUAAGCAGGCUGGCAGCUAUCACACUGCGUUUUCUCUCCAGAUUCCUAAUUCAAAUGAUGAGGCAGGAACACAAAUGCUGUCAGGAAGUGAAAAGCAACCAUGUACCAUGGGCAGGAGCAGCACAACCACCUCUGGCUCUCUUCCAGAUACAGUGUCCAGAAAGUCAGUCACUGCUGCUACUGAUGACUCAUUGAAACAGAGAGAUUCCUCGAAAGGCACCUCCAAAUUCAAAGAGAUCCAAGCACAGGGCAUCCUGCAACCAAAAACGUUUGUUUCCAGGAGUAUGUGCAAUAUAAAAGCUUCAAGAAUCGUCUCGGAAGAAAAUGUUCACAAGCAAAACCAGCUCCUAAAAAGUGAUUACGAAUUCCGUGCUUCAAGUGACAAAAGAAAGGAGUGUGAGGUGGAGGAGGGCAAGCGGGACGGAGCCCACAGGGCAGCAUUAUCUGUAGCUUAUCUGCUGGAUGUUCCUAAUGACAAAAAUGACCCACGCUCUCAGCCACAAACCAGAAACCUGCUGGAGAAAGCUCCACCAGCCCCAUGGACUCUGCGGGAAGCACUAGAAAUCUAUAACCCUCAGUUCAUCUCUCGUUCACAAGAGAGGCUGAAGAGGCUUGAACAUAUGGUCCAGCUGAGGAAAGCCCAGCAGAGCAAUGCUCCUGCAAGCAACCAAGGAGGGCUUCUUGCUCGCAAGCUUUCCUCCGCGUCUUUUUCAAGCAAAAAGAAGCAGUACACCAUUCCUCACCCACUCAGUGAUAACCUCUUCAAACCAAAGGAAAGAUUCAUUCCAGAGAAGGAGAUGCAUAUGAGAUCAAAAAGGAUUUAUGACAAUUUACCUGAAGUAAAGAAGAAGCAAGAAGAAAAACAGAAGAGGAUCAUCAUCCAAAGCAACAGGCUGCGUGCUGAGAUGUUUAAAAAGCAAUUACUGGACCAGCUCCUGCAAAGAAACACAGAGUGA